GUUAUGUUUUCUUUGGUCACGCCCAGCUCUGUGCCAGGCUUGUGGCUUGGUUUUUAAUUCCCACAAGGUGUUCUUGAGCAGUGAGCAAACUGCCCAUCUGUAUCAGGAGGCCCUUCUUCCACCUGGACCAUUGCACUAGCCUCUGGGGGGUAAGGAAGUUAGUGCACACCACCACACAACCACACACACCCCCUCUGCUUAUGGUGCUCUCCAGCUAGAAGCAUAGCAGUGGCCUUCUGAUGCUCCUGGAACAGAGUCCAAACUCUUGACCUGGACGAAGGUCCUGCAUGGCCAGGCUCCUGCUGUCUGCACUCUGCCGUGAAGGACCUUGUGUGCUAAGUCAGGGGACUUGGGUUCUGGCCUGUGCUAACAGCACAGGUUGAGAUGGGCUUUCCCCUGGCUUAAAGCAGCUGUGUGGAGGGGCAGAGGCGGCAUCAGAGAGCACCCACGGUGCCAGGCAAACUGCCACGGCAGGGCGUGUAGGCUGUCCACCAAGGACACCUGAGCUAUUUCAGGCCCUGGCUGGUUCCCCAGUGAUGAGGGAACAGAAAAUGGGCCGCCCAUCACAGUCCAGCUCCUUGAUCCUGGGGUUUAUGAUUAACAAACGCUCAGGAGCCAGCCAAUGAGGUGGCCAUCCAGGACCUAGUCCCCAGAAGUGGAACGGGCCCUGCACAGUCACUCCUUGAUGCCAGCUGGAGGCUGAGGCCAGAGGCCAGGCUGAAGCUUCCCUGGACACUCAAGACUCUUGUGAUAGCAGGACUGCUAGAAAGGUGGACAGAGACACCUCACUCGGUCUCUUGAAUUCUGAGAUUCAGACACAGAAGUCUUCCAUGGCUCCUUAUCGCAUCCGCAAAUACCAGGAAAAAGACCGCAAGUGGGUCCUGAGCUCGUUCUCUCACUUGGUGACUGAGCACAUCCCCACCACCUUCUGCUACGUCCUGAAGCUGCCCCGAACUCUUGUGCUCUUGCUUGGGGGACCCCUUGCCCUAUUCUUGAUCUCUGGCUCCUGGGUCCUGGCCCUCAUGGCCAGCGCCUCUCUCCUUGGUGCCCUGUGGUUCCUUGUCAAAUACCCCUGGGCCCAGUUUGAAGCCAGGUGUUUGCGAACAGACCUGUCUGACAUCACCAAGUCCUACUUCAGUGAGAGUGGCUCCUGCUUCUGGGUGGCUGAGUCUGAGGGGCAGCUGGUGGGCAUGGUGGGAGCGCUGCCCAAUAAGAAGCCCACCCUGCAGAAGGUGCAGCUGGAGCUGCUUCACCUAUUCGUGGCCCUGGAGCACCGUGGUCAGGGGAUAGCGAAAGCCCUGGUCAGGACUGUCCUCCAGUUUGCACGUGACCAGGGCUACAGUGAAGUGGUCCUCAGCACCAGCAUAGUGCAGUGCUCUGCCCUGGUCAUCUACCAGCACUUCGGCUUCCAAAAGACAGGCUUCAACUCUGAAGGCUCUAGGCUAUGUGCUCUCCCUGUACUUCACCUGACCUACCGCCUCCCCUCUGCUCAGGUCUCUCAGACACUGGAGCAGGGAGAGAGCCCGUGACCUAUUUCCUUGUAGAUUAGUCAGCGGGGUUCAGCUCUGCUGCAGUGACAAGCAAACCCUGAGGUCUCACUCUGAUGGCACAGUAAAGGUUUACUGCUUAUCCACACUGGAA